AUGGCACCUUUUGAAGCUUUGUAUGGAAUGAAGUGUAGAACCCCAUUAUAUUGGGAUGAAGUGGGAGAAAGAAAAAUUUUACGACCUAAGCUUGUACAAACUACCUGUGAAAAGGUGGAUAUAAUUAGGGAAAGAAUCAGGGCAUCUCAAUCCACACAGAAAAGUUACACAGACAACAGAAGAAAGCCUUUGGAGUUUGAGGAAGGUGAAAAGGUAUUUCUGAAAAUUUCACCAAUCAAAGGCAUCAAGAGAUUUGGAAAGAGAGGUAAAUUAAGUCCAAGGUAUAUAGGACCUUUUGAGAUUUUGGGUCAGGUUGGCAAGACAGCCUGUAGAUUGGCAUUACCUCCAGAGUUAGAUAGAUUCCACAAUGUGUUCCAUGUCUCUAUGUUGAAGAGGUACAUUCUAGGUCCUUCACAUGUAUUGCCUACUGUGGAACCUUCAGAGUUGGAUGAUCAUUUAAGCUAUGAAGAGCAACCUAAAGGAAAGUUUGAUAGGAAGGAAUACCAACUCUGGAGUCGAACAAUUUCAUCUGUUCCUGUGAAAGAGAAGAUGAAGUGA